AUGGCCCUCGCAGUCCUGUUGGCGACGUUUGCUCAACUCGCGAAUGCUCUCCCAGGUAGUGCAUGGCGAAAUGACUUUUGUCCCGAGUUCCAAAAAGUCCAAGCAGGAACAUUGCAGAUUGAGAAAGCCCUGGUCGGAAAGCAUCUUACGUUUGUUGUGCCCGUCUUCGACAUGACUGACCCGACUUCAAGCCACUGGAAUGAAGGAGAGCCGGUUGGAACUCCAGAAAAUGAUAUGGUCAUCACUGACAAGGUACACGGCUUCCACGCUUCGGUUCUGAAAGCAGUGUCGGCCGUCGCUAACUUCACGUACACCAUUCGCCUCAACACAGUUAAGGCUGCUUCAACCACCCAAUGGCUGUUGCAAGAGUCUCCGAACUAUGAUGCCGUCCUCGGUUCAUGGACGGACAGCCUUGUCCGCCGUGAAGCUGGUUUCCUGCAGCCAUACCCGCUCGUCGAAAAGGACUUGAACAUGAUUGUGCGGAGGAAGAUUGACAAGCCAUCGGUGUGGAAAGUCAUGUUCACCUUCAUGAAGCCCUUCUCAGCAAACUUAUGGCUGAUGCUCUUCGUAUGCUCCCUAGUGACGGCUGUGUUUAUGUGGUUUUUUGAGACGUCCCGGGUAUCCAUCGAGGAGGGGGCGGAAGUUGAAGUGUCGACCGGCUCUGAGGGGGCCCUGAAGUCAGUUUGGCUCUCCGGCCUCCAGUUCACAGGAGGUGGGGGCUACAGCCCUGUGACGGCCUGGGGUCGGCUACUUCUCCUCUCUUGGAGCUUCCUCAUCAUGGUGGUUGGGGCCGCUUAUACGGCGAAUUUGGCCACCUUCCUCAUCGUGCACCAGACCGCAUCGACGAGCCUCUCGUCGUUCGAGGAGGCCAAGCAGCAGAAUGCCUUGGUUUGCUCAAGAAUGGAGUGGUCCAUAGGCGAGUUCAUGAGGGAAAUCGGGGAGGGAAAAGUCCGCUUCGUGGAUGUGAGCCCAAAACAUGCCGACGGAAUCCGUGAGUACCUAGACGAUGGGAAGUGCGAAGCCUAUGUCAGUUACAAAGACAUUGGGAAGUUGUACUUGAACCAAAAACGAUUCAAUGCCGGCUGCAAGUAUGACUUCGUCGGCCCGACCAUCAAACCUCUGACGGGAGGAUGGCCCAUCUCCAUCAUUCAGCACGGCUGUCCCCAGCUUCUUCUAACUUCAUUGGCCGUUGCACUGAAGUUCGUGGACAAGGAGGGUAUGCUGAAGCACAUUUGGAGCGACUUCGCUUCAAGCACGGCAGACAUGGAAGAGUCAUGCAAUGUUCCCGAGGUUUCAGACAGUGCUUCGAUGGGUGUUCGUGACAUGGCCGGUGUUCUCUCGCUGCAUGCUUUGUGUCUGAUCCUGGCCAUUGCCUUUUGGGCCUGUUGCAAGCUACAGCCACAGCCCCGUCGAGAUAACAUGGAUGAGCGGACUACAUUCAAAGCAUGCUGGUACGAAGGUGACGAAGAGUCGGCUUCGAACAGUGCCGAUGAGGCGAAGGUCACACCGAAUGAGGUCGACAAAGCUUGUGACGAAGCUAUGGAAGCGCUUCAGCGCUGGAGACAGGUCAGACAGGCGUAUCAAGAUGCCUGA